GAUUGGCCGAGCUUGCCGGAGAGGGAGGAGUUUCUUAACUUUCUCAUCGCAGAAUUGUGGGAAGGGCAGCGAUGAGUCCCGUCGGCGGAGCGAACCUGGGCGACAAGUAAGGGGCAUAAAAACUUAGGAAUAAAAGAAGGAAUAAAAGGAAGGAAGGAAUAAAAGUGUGUGUCCGUGUCGGCCGCUGUCGGCGGAGGGAUCCGCGGUUGCCCCCCGGGGGAACUGGGCACGAUGAUGCGCUUCCUGCUGCUCUUCAGCCGGCAGGGGAAGCUGCGGCUGCAGAAGUGGUUCACGCCCCUGUCGGAGAGGGAACGCAAGAAGAUCAUCCGCGACAUGACCACCAUGGUGCUGGCCCGGGCACCGCGCUCCUGCAACUUCCUCCAUUGGAAAGACCUCAAGAUUGUUUAUAAGAGGUACGCCAGCCUGUAUUUCUGCAGCGGCCUGGAAGGUCAAGACAAUGAGCUGCUGGCCCUGGAGGUGCUGCACCGUUAUGUGGAGCUGCUGGAUAAGUACUUUGGCAAUGUGUGUGAGCUGGAUAUUAUCUUCAAUUUCGAAAAGGCCUACUUCAUUCUAGAUGAGUUCCUCAUGGGCGGAGAGGUGCAGGAGACUUCCAAGUUGCUAGUGACCAAAUCCAUAGAGGAGUCCGACAUGCUGCAGGAGACGAUGGAGGAAUACAUGAGCAAACCUGCCUUCUAGAAGAUACGCAGCGGUGCCGAAGAUCCACGGAGGUAUACUUGAAAGACACUGACAGAGAAGAUAUUUUUGGCUUUAUAUUUUUACAGUUCAAAGAUGUCACAAAAUUUAAUUUCCAUUUAAAGUAGAAUCUUAACUGCUGUCUGCUUAACAAACGGAAAUAUUCUCGAAGUUUUUCUGAACCACGUGGGGCCUGUAUCUUUUUGUACUUGAUUUUUAGCAGAUUUACAGUAUGUAUGUAUGUAUGUAUUGAGGAGCGUUUUGCACAGUCGAUGUCAUUUUGUCAUGUGUGGAAACUUUGUAAGAUUCGUGAAUUAUGCGUGUGGGAUGAUGGGUUUGGGUGGGAAUGUGAGUUACACGGAGAAAUGAUUUUUAACCCGAGUGUCAUAGGCACCCCUCACGAAAGGGCUUCAUGCUGUUAGGAUGCCUACUCUAGCUGGAUAUUACCAUUGUAGGGUGUUCCGUGCCUUUUUAAUAAUAAAAGCCAAUUUUUAACCAGAA